AUGGGUCGUUUAAGAGUUCCAUCCUUUCUUUCCUCCUCUCGUCCAGAUGGACAGAAGGGCAAACCGGCAGCGGCGUCGGUGUCCAUCUCCACCCCGGAUCUUCCUGGUGCCUUGACACAAUCACCGUCGAACAAGCCCUCAGCUCCGGGCCAGGAGCAACAGACAUCCACGUCGCCUUUUAUUAGACGCACACGAAGGCUAAGCAAGCCUAUAGCCUCUCUCUGGGCUCAGAAAUCCACGCAGGGUGGGAAUGAUGAUCGGAAUCAGAGCCAGAGCCAGAUCCCGACAGCUCCUGCUUCACCUCCAUUCGAUACAGAACCCCAAGUUGUCCCGGAGCUCGAGCCUGUCUUUGCCUACUUGAAUAACCAGGCGAACAAGCUAUACCAGGAGGGAUACUUCCUAAAACUUAAUGAUUUGGAUACCCAAGGGCGGCCAUGUACCGAUAGACAGUGGGUGGAGUGCUUUGGACAGUUGGUGGGAACAGUCCUUUCAAUAUGGAAUGCGUCUGCACUCGAUACAGCUGGGGGACAGGCAAAUGCACCACCGAGCUUCAUCAAUUUGGCCGACGCUACCAUCAAAAUGAUGGAAACGCUACCUACCAAAAACGAAACAAACCAGCCACUGCAGAACGUUGUCAGCAUUAGUACGGCAGGGAAGAACAGAUAUCUUCUCCAUUUUGACUCCCUGCAUUCCCUCACCCAGUGGACGGCCGCAAUGCGAUUGACGGUGUUCGAAAAUUCGCUCCUUCAUGAAUCUUACACCGGCGCCCUCAUUGCCGGUAAAGGCAAGUAUCUCAAUGGGAUAAAACUUAUCCUUGAGAAGACAACUUUCAAGUAUGAGGACUGGGCCAGAGUUAGAUUUGGUGCUGGUACGCCCUGGAGAAGAUGUUGGUGCGUCAUCUCCCCACCAGGAGAGAAAGAGAUGCAACUAUACAACCGUUCUCUAAAAAAGAGGUCCCCUUAUGAUCGAGCACCAACACCUCCCAAGGGCAACAUCAAAUUCUACGAGACGAGAAAGACUAGCAAGAAGGUAGCCCCCAUUGCGACCAUUUCUGAUGCUUACUCUGCCUACGCCAUUUAUCCACAGGCCCGGCCGCUCGUGGAUCAGUCCACUCUUGUCAAGGUCGAAGGCCUGGUUACUAUCGGCGAGAACACUUCAGAGGGUUUCGUCUUUGUGCUCCCAGAAAUGCACAAUGCCGUCUCCGGAUUCGAAACAAUGAUUCGCUGGUUAUUCCCUGCCUAUGAUGCUUUCCGCCUUUAUGGGCGCCCUACUCGCUUGCUGGCUGAUACUGUUACUCCCAACAGUUUGAUGUUUGCUAUGCCGAGUAACAAGCGCAGAGGGUACCUUGAUAUCCUCGACGUAUCCGCACUCAUCCACACACAAGGGAGCGAAAGCUGGAGCGCCCGAGAGUGGAAAAAGCAGCUAAAGGAUGCAACAUCACGUCGAAUGACCUCAAAUACUAAUAGUAGAACGAGCAGUGUCUCAGGCCGCCGUAGCGGGAAGCGCAGCAGCCUCCCCCAACGUGGUGGGACAGUGCGUUUUGGUAGCGCGACAGUUGGGUCGAGGAAUGGUGAGCCUAACAGCUCAUCUGAUACUGUGUCUUCGAACUCUCCAACAAAAUCUGGAAUAUCCCACACCCGUUCUGAGUCUGACAACACAGGUCUCGCGUCAGCCCGACGUGGCCGUCGCAGCCCGCCAUUUUUUGAGAAUAAUAUCGGAGAAGAUAUUCCAGAACACCCACCUACACCACCCCCAGAAACUGCUCAAACAGAUGGGCCUUUCGAAGUUGAUGGAACUGAUAGCCGCAGUUCUCCCGACAGCGGCGCUUACAUGGACAACAAUAACGCCGUUGACCGCCUGGAAAUUAUUCAGAGCUUGCAACCCAACCCACCCCCACAAGGUGUGCCAGAGUCACCUGCCUUCUCGCAUGACCCUCGAGGAACGCCUCAGUUCAAACCUCAGCCGUCUCCGGAGAUUGGCCAUGCGGCGAAGCGUAUGUCCGUUGGAACACUAGAUCAGUUAGUGGACAUGAAUAAGAAAAAUGGCAGCCUACAUGGCCUUGCCGUGGCCGGUGCCACCGCUGCUUGGAACGCAGCGAGGGAUAACAAAAAGGAGACCUAUCCUGGACAAGGGGCCCAUGCUGAUACCCGAGGCGUAACCCUUAACCGCAUUAAUAGCAUUGGAGCUUCUAGCUCGAAUUACUCUCAGGGGGGGAGCCCGAUAACUCCUAGCGACACUGCCAGCAACGUAAACGUCGGUGUCAAUAUCAACUUUGCCGGUACACCUACUGAAGGACAAUCUCCAAUAAAGCAGCAGGAUGACGCCCAAAGCCCACCAUUACAUAGGCCAAUUGCCCGCAAACCUGUUGCGGCAGAAAUUUCUGUCGCGGAGACUGCAAGUGUGAGGACGGAGUCUACCCUGGGAAGCUUGAGGGAUAACAUCGACAUGGACGCUCUGGACAGAAUUAUAAGGCGACCGCGAUCGCCUUCGCCUCCCCCACCGCAGCAGCCGAAGUAUACAUUCAAACAAGAGGUUGCCGUCCAAGAUGAUGCCAGCUCAAUUGUAGCUCCAUCAUACGCAAGUUCGCAUAAAUCUUCCGCAUCAGUCCGGUCCAUUAAGUCCGUUCAGAAACCCAGGGUGGGAAAGAUGAAGGUCGUUGGCGAUGCCCUGCCAAAGACAGACGAUCUUGUCAUUGGUGAUGCCCAUUAUAAGCAUCCCGCUAAAGCUCCUUUAGAAGUGAGCUCCGACAUCCCAGAAGUCGACUUUGGGCCCACGCAUACAUAUAAGCCUACCACGAGACGACCCAGCACAUCUGAUACCAUGCUUCUUCUGUCUUCUUCUCAUCAGCGUAACCCUUCUGAAGGUACUCUCGCAACUAGGGGUAGAAGACUCUCGACCGGUCGUCUACUUGAACAUCUCAACCAGGAGUCGAACGAGUCCCCAUCCCCACCGCCUCCUACGCAGGAACGUGAAAGGCGUCGCAGUGUUCUCUGGCAACCAGGCAUGGUCUCGGACAGUGGCCCCGUUACCCCUGGCCCAACCAGCAUUUCGGCAGAACAAUUUGUCCACGACCGCGCUUCCAGGUCACAGAUCCAUCUCCCUGUGAUGCCCACUCGAGCUACACCCCCUCCCCCUCGCCCAGCAUCAGGAGAUUGGUCUACCUUUAUUCGCCACCAAUCAUCCGCCACUCAGCUUCCUCAACGUCCGCACUCUCGUGGUGCAAGCGUCAUGCUAGAUAUGCCAGCCCGCCCUUCUUCUCGCGGUGCAAACACCAUACUUGACGUUCCUCCCCGACCAUCAUCUCGUGGUCCCAGCGUCAUUCUAGGGCCUCUCGAUGCCCCUGCUCGUCCUUCCUCUCGGGGUGCCAACCGGAUGCUAGCACAACCAGAUAUUUCUGGUCAUCUCUCAGCCCGAGAGCAAGAGCAUGUAGCUCGUAUGACCGGAUCUUCAUUCCUUAAUUUGAACAAUAACCAGGGCCCACAAUUCGGUUCCGGGCUUGUCAGUACCAUUGACGCUCGGGAACGUGAGAGAAAAGCUAUGAAGGAUGGUUUCAGUGGCCAAGCAGUACAACAGGCAAUUGCCCAGAGACAGUACCAGGCACAGGCGCAAGCACAGGCACAGGCUCAAGCCCAAGCCCAUGCUCAAGCCCAAGCUCAAGCACAGGCGCAAGCUCAGUACCAACUUCAGCAGCAGUUCCAGCAGCCUUUGGGUACAUCCCCCGGAUAUGCUGCAUCCAUGCAAUUCCCAUAUUUCCCCCAGCAGCAGCAACAGCAACAGCAACAGCAACAACAGCCAGGCUACUAUGUGCCACCUCAGGGGCAGCAAUGGCAACCUCAGUACCAUGCAUAA